UUGCAGCGGAAGUGGGAGCGGGUACCUGUCAAAUUUGGGUACCCGCUCCCACGUCUGCUGCGAUUGCCUAGGCAAUCGGAAGCGGAAGUUGUCCUCCUACCCUCCCUCCCUGUAGUCUUGUGGGACACGAGACAGGUCCCAGAAGACGAUGGGGCCAUUCAGGAAACGCAGCGCUAUUCGCCAUGCGCAGUGGGCACCCGGCUGUGAAGCCGCAAGCUUUCACAGCCGGGUGCCCACACUGAAGAUGCCGGCGCCUGGAAUACAGGAUAGCCAGUGAAACAGGCUGUGGAGGGGGGCAACGUGG